AUGGCUGAAGGGGAAAGGGACAACGGGACGUCAUCCACGGAUUUUGUGCUGCUGGGAAUACGUGAUGUCCCCAUGCUCCAGAACCUGCUCUUUCUCCUCUUGUUUAUGACCUACUCGGUCACCAUGGUUGGGAACAUCCUCAUCGUUGUACUGGUGGUGGCAGACCGGCAUCUGCACACCCCCAUGUACUUCUUCCUGGGCAAUCUCUCCUCCCUGGAGAUCUGCUACAGCUCCACCAUCCUGCCUCGGCUGCUGGCCAGCUUCCUGACUGGGGACAGCAGCAUCUCUGCUCACGGCUGCAUGGCUCAGUUCUACUUCUUUGCUUCGUUUGCGACUACUGAGUGCUACCUGCUGGCAGCCAUGUCCUAUGAUCGGUACUUGGCCAUAUGCCAGCCCUUGCUCUACGCAAGCCUCAUGACCUGGAAGGUCUCUUUACACCUGGCAGCUGCAUCUUGGCUAUGGGGUUCACUGCUGCUGGUAGUUGUCACAGUCUUCUUAUCCCAGUUGCAGUUCUGUGGCCCCAAGGCAAUUGACCACUUCUUCUGUGAGUUUACUCCGUUGCUGGAGCUUGCCUGCAGUAACACCGGGGUGUUCAUGCUCAUUGGGUUCCUCUUGGCCUUCCUGGACUUAAUCUUUCCAUUCCUGUUCACGCUGGCCUCCUACAUGUGCAUCAUAGCUGCCAUCCUGAGGAUCCCAUCCGGCACGGGCAGACAGAAGGCCUUCUCUACCUGCUCCUCUCACCUCACCCUUGUCACUGUUUUCUAUGGCACCCUCUUUGUUGUCUACAUGCUGCCCAGAACAGCCCCGCUGAGGCAGCUCAACAAAGUGUUCUCCUUUUUCUACACUGUCCUCACCCCCCUGGUCAAUCCCCUCGUCUACAGCCUGCGGAACAGGGAGGUCAGGGAGGCCAUCAGGAAAGUGCUCAGGAAAGCCCUGGCCUGCACCCACAGCUUCCUUGGUGACACAGACACUUUUUGUUCCUUUGAAUAG